CAUGGAUCAGCAUUAGCUUUAUGUUCUGGAAAUGGUACAUGCACGUGCCAUUCAAACAGUACUCCUUGUAACAACUCAACUAUGACAAACGCAUUACUAUCAUCAUCAUCGUCAUCAUCACCAUCAUCACCAUCAUGUUGCAAUACAUUAUCAUCAUCCAUCCCUGCGACGCCACAUAGCUGCCAAUCUCAUCAAUUGCAACAACAACGACAACAACAUCAUCAUCAUCCAUAUUGUCAUGGUCAUCACGCAUGUACGCACACAUCAUCAGCUCCAAUUAUAUUACCAGUAUCAGCUUGUUGUUCAACAUCACCUUCGCCAUCUUCAUCCUGUUUUUCUCGACCACAUUGUUACCAUUCUUCUUUUCCAACUUCCUAUCGACAUCACCGCAAUCACCAUCAUCGAUGUCGCCAUCAUCGCUCUCAUGCUUCAUCUCCAUCUAAAAAGCAAGUCAAAAAGUCCACUUCUAUGAUGACAACCAAAGUGGAUGAUCAUGUUACAUCAAAAUCAGUUCUUGAACAAAAAGGACAACGGCGUCGACAGCAACGUAAACAACAUCCAUUAGUGACUUCUCAACCCAUGCUCAACACUACCGCAGACAAGAAUGAUAAAGAAGAGGUUUUAUAUGAUGAUGAUGACGAUGACGAUCAUACAAUCAAUGGUGGUGGCGAUGAUCCUAGCUCACCUAUCAAGAAGGUACCAUCACGUCCUUUACUCCGGUCCUUCUUACCUCGUGCUCCUCGUUUCUCUACUUCCAUCCCUCGGCAACCAUCCAAACAAAAUUCUCGUAUCCCUUCAUCAAAAUCAAGUUAUUCUUGGAUUCCCACACGUUCCUGAUUCCCUUCUUUUAUUAUUUUUAUUAGUAUUAUUAUUAUGAUUAUCUAUUAUUAUCUAUCACCUAUAAUUAUUUAUUAUCC